AUGUUUACGUCACAGCGACAGCUUCGACAAAGCGGGAGUCCGAUAUCAUCAUCACAGUCAUCACAGCGUUCUUCUGGCAAGGCGUCGCCAAUAUGUGGCUCUCCGGCGUCAAAUCACAGUUAUGGAAGGGACUUACAGGGCUUAGUAGGAAUUGAUAUACCUGCAAGUGAGUCCGCGUUUAACAGGGUUAACAGCAGCGAUACCCUCUAUUUUAGGCCCAAGAAGAUUUAUAAGAUGGAACAUGAACACCCGUCACGGUCUACUCUAGUACAGCUUCAUACGAGAUCACAGCCGGACGAUGCCGCCAGUAAUCAGAUGAAACCUGAAGACGGACCUAGGGGCAUGGAGUUGGCAGAUUCCUGUGGCAAACAGUCUUUAUACACUAUGGGGGCCGAGUACGUUCCAGAUUUAGACUUCACUAAGCUAGUAAAGGAUUGGCAGAAGUCAAGUGACGAUUUGUAUGAGUUCAGAAGUAGCGCUACUUCGCAGGUGGAAAUCAAAGACAAUAGUAAAACCAACUACGAACUGUGGAGCUCACCGGAUGCAAUGUUAAGCCAAAACAAACUUCGAAGAAACAGUUUCUUACAAGAUAAUAGUGAUUCAUUGAGUACGGAAGACUCUCUUUUAUCAAGGGAUUUGCAUUCUAAGGUCAAACCUAUCCCUCUACCUAGAAGCGGUCAACCAAUAUUUACGCCUCUCUCCAAUUUAGAGGCGGAAAGACGGUCCUCGUAUACAACUAGUAGUAACAAUAAUAGCAUAACACAAAAUAAUAAAUUUUCCCUCGCCAAGUUAAAGAAUUCGCUUCCGAUCCAAAGCUCUGCAGUUCCCGCUUCCUUUGACUCGAAUGCUUCAUCACUAAACUUUCUUCCGACUACGACAUUAUCAACUUUAUCAGAACUACAAAUAAGCCCCAAUGAUAUGAUGGAUUUAAUUCAGAAACUUCCCAGAAACUUUUUAAAUUUGCCGUACUCUCAAAGGAAAAAAGUCAUUAUUGAGCAUGCACCCUAUCAAGACUACAGAGCUAUGAUGUCAUUGGUUAAAAAAUUCAUGUUGACAUCUUCUAGAAGCAAUUUUUCUCUUUCUGGCUUCGCCAAUAAUGCUUCGGUUACAGACACGGCAAUUAAUGAUAAUAACAUCAAUAAUAGAAAUACAUCCAAUAUUAGCAACGAUAACUACUUAAAUGGGCGUCAGCUUCAAAGAUCUAGGCACGGCUCCAUUGCGUCUCAAUUUUUAAGCUCUUUUUCACCUUCCAUGACGUCAAUAGCUAAAAUGAACUCAAACCCCUUGGGUGGGAGCGCUGGUGGUAGUGUAAGACCGGACGAUAAAGGUAUGGAAAUAUUAGGCCAUCGUUUGGGUAAGAUCAUAGGUUUUGGAGCAUGGGGGAUCAUACGUGAAUGUUUUGAUACCGAGACAGGUGUAAGUAGAGUGAUAAAAAUUGUGAAGUUUAAAGGACACCAAAAUAUUAAGAAGCAUGUAUUGAGAGAAGUGGCUAUAUGGAGAACUUUGAAGCAUAAUAGAAUACUACCGCUUUUGGAUUGGAAGCUAAUUGAAGACUAUGCAAUGUACUGUUUAACCGAAAGGAUUAACGAUGGUACCUUGUACGACUUGGUAAUAUCUUGGGAUGAAUCGAAACGCUCUAAAAUACCAUUUGCAGAGAGAUGUAGAAUGACCAUAUUUUUAAGUAUACAGCUAAUCUCCGCUUUGAAGUACAUGCAUUCCAAGAGCAUUGUUCAUGGUGAUAUAAAACUAGAAAACUGUCUUUUACAAAAAGAGCAAAAAAAAUCGGAUUGGAAGGCUUUUCUAUGUGAUUUUGGGAUGAGCUGUCAUUUCGAUGAGAAACAUCUUUAUCGCGACGAUAUUUCUGAUGAAAAUAUCAAUAGUGGUAAUAGAUUCAGCAAAAGAAAAAAUGGUAAACAAACAGAUUUGGUAAAGUAUCCCACAACAAAUUUUUUACCUGAUGAGUUAGGCAACGAUUUUGAUGUGUGCGACUUAAAAUAUCAAUUUGGGCACCGACAGCAUCAGUCCUUUACCCCGAAAGGAAUGGUUAGUUCCAGUUCCCACUCACUGAAGCAUCUCAAUCAACCACCUUCAUCAUCAUCUUCUAAUUUGUUUCACAAACCAGCCUCUCAGCCUCAGCCACAACACCGGAGCCCCUUUCACGAGAGGCAUAAGACUACUGUUUUGCCAAAUUUGGGACCCGAACCUUCUAAAUAUAUUGGAUCUUUACCUUACGCUUCCCCAGAACUUUUGAAAUAUUCGGAUACAAGACGUUCAAGAUCGAUCGAAAUGCAUAUUUAUGAUUCACCGGAUUCUUCACAAUCAGAAAUUAGUGCAGUAUCAUCAUCUUCCUCUAAUUUAUCUUCUAUAUCAUCCUCCGCAGACGCACCUGUAGUCACCAAAUCUGGAGCAACUGUAAAUUCACCAUCUAAUUUCUCAACGGACUUACCAUGUAUUAUCUCUCCAUUAGGACCAGCGUCUGAUAUAUGGGCCUUGGGAGUAAUGCUAUAUACCAUGUUAGUAGGAAAAUUACCUUUCAAUCAUGAGUUCGAACCGAGGUUACGCUCUCUGAUUAAAGCAGGCGAUUUUGACCGAUUCUCUUUAGCACAAGUCUGCAAAUUUGACAGAAAACGUAAGGAAGAUAUGAUUGGUCAAGGCCUGUAUGAUACAGUUAUUGGAUGUUUGACUAUCGAUUUGGACAAGAGAUGGAAACUUGAAAAAAUAGAUGAGGUUCUCAAAAAGGAAAUGGAACUAAGCGCGACCAAUAUUGGUGAAAAAGGCAUAUGA